UAUGCCCUUGGUAAUCUCCACAAUUUCUCUUGGUUGAAUUGAAGCAUCAUAACUGUACACUUUCCCUUUAUUAAAUUUUAAAAGUAUAAUUUUUUUAUAAUAUGUUUUUUUGGAAUUAAAGUCCAAAAAAAUAUAAAUUAUACAAAGAGAUGAACACUGAGCAGUGAGCAGCAACUUCAACUAUGCCAUAUAACUCAUUUUCAAACCAUAAAUCAUCUAAUUUUAUCAGAAACACCUACUGUCUUAAGAAUCUAACACAUUUUAUACAAGACAAAACCGUAAAAACUUAACCUCAACGACAUCAUGGUCUCGCGGACUUAUCCGUUUUAUAGGUUGUUGGCAUACAUUUAGAGUAGAAUCUUUUUGUAUAAUAUACAUUCUAACCAUAAUAAUAAGAGAAUUUGUCCUCUAAUGAUAAGUAGCUGAUGUUUCCAAUGAUCCAUAGUUUGAUCCGAGUAAUAUAAUAUUAAAUUAUACUCCUAAUCCUAAUUACCAGGAGAUAACAAGCUUCUCUAUAUUAUUAGACUUCACUUAACACACACAGCUUAACUUAUUCAUAAAAUCCAUUCUCUGUCAAAAAAUGAUGCUGAUUGUUCUUCAUGUAAACCCUCUCAAGUUGAUUUUGUUACUUUCUACUCUCUACACUUUAUCAGGUUUCUGCAUGCACUUCUCUUCUGUUCUGGCUUAUUUGACUUUUAUUUUUCUUUUCUCAUUUGUUAAUCCUUGCACUUGUAUGCAGAUUGCUAUGACCCUUUGGAUCCAAAUGGGAACUUUUCUAUAACUUUCGAUAUUAACAACCGUUUGGACACCGGAUAUCUGGCGACGGUGACACUUGAAAAUUAUCAUCAGUAUCGGCAUGUAGACAAACCAGGUUGGAAACUAGGAUGGACAUGGGCUAACAAUGAGGUGAUAUGGUCAAUGAAUGGCGCAAUUGCAACUGAUAGAGGUGAUUGUUCAUCUUACAGUGGUUCUCAAAUGCCACAUUCAUGCAAGAAAGAUCCUAUCAUAGUUGAUAUAUCUCCGGACGUCACACAAAACAGGUCGAACCGUUGCUGUCGCGGUGGCCGCCUCUCUGCCCGAGCUAUUGAUUCUCUCAAUUCGUUGACUUCAUUUGAAUUCGAAGUAAGAAACUUGGACCAAAAAGAAAAUUCAAUUGGCGAAGCACCUAAUAAUGUUACAUUCAUGGCACCGGGUCCUGGUUACACUUGUAGCCCUUUUAUGGUUACCGAUCCCUCGGUGUCCUUAGAUUUAGGAGGAGUAAGACAAAUUCCAGUUAUAAGAACUUGGAAGUCAAUUUGUACAUAUUCAAGUUUCUUGGCAAACAAGUCACCAGUAUGUUGCGUUUCCUUCUCAACAUUUUACAAUCCUAUCAUCACGCCGUGUCGUAAUUGCACUUGUGGCGGAUGUAGGGAAGCCGAUAAAAACACAUUGUCUUGCAUAAGGCCAAGCGACUCUUUGGGAGGGUCGAAUGACGAGAAAAACAUAAUCCAAUGCACGGACCACAUGUGUCCGAUUCGAGUCCAUUGGCAUUUCAAGAACAACUAUAUGAAUCAAUGGAGGGUGAAGCUUACAAUUUCAAACUACAACUUCAAUAGAAACUACUCGAAUUGGAACGUCCUUGUUCAACAUCCUGGUUUGAGCCAAAAAGCAACAGCUUAUAGCUUCAAUAGCACUAAACUUCCAACUCUUGUGGCAGAUGGAGUUGCACUUUUUUGGGGAAUAGAUUAUUUCAACAAUGAAUUAUUGCAUUCUGAUAAGCAGGGAGUAGGUUCUGUGACAACAGAGAUACUAUUGGAAAAAGAUCAGAAUUCAUUCACAUUGCAAAAUGGAUGGACAUUUCCAAGAAGAAUAUAUUUCAAUGGUGAAAACUGUGACAUGCCUUUACCUGACACAUUUCCUAUGUUACCAAAUGGUAGCUACAUUUUUAGACCAAAUUGUCUUGCUUUUAUUUUUUCAUUAAUUUCUCUGUUAUUUUUCCUAUUAGUACUAUAGUUGGUAAAGUAUAGUACUCUUUUGGUUUUGGAUUUUAACAUUUAUAUAGUUUGUAUUAUUAUAAUUCCUCAAUUCU